AUGGCGGAGCACGGGGAGACGCUGAGCAAGAAUGAACUCAAACGGCGGCUGAAGGCUGAGCGUCAGGCACAGAAGAAAGCAGAACAAGUUGCAGCACAAGGGACAGCUGUAGACAGUUCUGCAGCUUUAAAAGAAAAGAGUGAAGAUGAAGAAGAGAUUGAUCCAACGGAGUACUUCAAGAUACGGUCUCGAACCAUUGCUGGUCUCAAGGAGAAAGGUGAAAAUCCCUACCCACACAAGUACCACGUGGAGAUCUCUCUGAGGGAGUUCAUCGAGAGGUUUGAGAAUGUGGAGGCUGGCAACAUCCUGGAGCAUGAGGUGACUGUAGCAGGCCGAAUCCAUGCCAAGAGGCCUUCAGGGGCUAAACUGAUCUUCUACGAUCUGAGAGGAGAGUCUGUGAAAAUCCAGGUCAUGGCCAAUGCCAAAUACUACGAGAGUCCAGCAGCCUUUGAUGAAAUUGUUGACAGACUGAGGAGAGGGGACAUCAUCGGUGUUCGGGGCAAACCUGGUAAGACGAAAAAGGGUGAGCUGAGCAUAGUGCCAACCAGCAUCACGUUAUUGUCUCCCUGCUUGCGGCAGCUACCACACUUGUACUAUGGUGUCAAAGACAAGGAAACCAGAUUCCGCCAGCGCUACCUGGAUCUGAUGAUCAAUGAACCAGUUCGAGACAUUUUCAUCACCAGAGCAAAAAUCAUGAAUUACCUGCGCAGGUUUUUUGAUGAUCUGGGUUUUCUGGAGGUUGAGACACCCAUGAUGAGCUUGAUCCCAGGUGGGGCUGUGGCCAAGCCUUUUAUCACUCACCACAACGAACUCAACCAAGAUCUCUACAUGAGGAUUGCUCCAGAACUCUAUCUCAAGAUGCUGGUGGUUGGAGGUAUUGACCGGGUCUAUGAGAUUGGGAAGCAGUUUCGAAAUGAGGGCAUAGAUCUGACCCACAACCCAGAGUUUACCACGCUGGAGUUCUAUAUGGCCUACGCUGAUUACAACGACAUCAUGGUCAUGUCCGAGAGUCUGUUGUCAGGUUUGGUGAAACAGCUGACGGGAGGCUACAAGAUUACCUACCACCCUGAGGGUCCUGAGGGACAAGCUUACGAGGUCGAUUUUACUCCACCCUUCAAAAGGGUGUCCAUGAUCCCCACGCUGGAGAAGGAGACAGGGGUCAAGUUUCCUCCAGCCACAGAACUCCACACAGAAGCUGCUCGCAAGUUCCUGGAUGACCUGGCGGUGAAACAUGGAGUCGAGUGUCCACCUCCCAGGACAUCGUCCAGGCUGCUAGACAAGAUGGUUGGUGAUUUCAUCGAGGACAAGAUUGUCAAUCCCACGUUCAUCAUAGAGCAUCCAGAAAUCAUGAGUCCCUUGUCCAAAUGGCACCGAUCAUCGCCGGGUCUGACAGAGAGGCUGGAGUUGUUCAUCAUGCACAAGGAGGUGAUCAACGCUUACACAGAGUUGAAUGAUCCUGUGAUACAGCGAGAGAGGUUCCAGCAACAAGCCAAGGACAAAGCUGCAGGAGAUGAUGAGGCCAUGUUUGUGGAUGAGAACUUCUGUGUGUCGCUGGAGUACGGCCUGCCCCCUACAGGAGGCUUUGGUUUAGGCAUUGACAGACUGACCAUGUUCCUUACUGAUCAGAACAACAUCAAGGAAGUGCUGUUUUUCCCUGCCAUGCGGCCAGAAGAGAACACACAAGCUCCACCAGCCACAGAUUCAGGAGUCGCUGCUAAGAAGUCCUAA